AUGAUUUCUCUCGUAACAAAAGCGGUCGAACCUGUCUUCCCAUGUCAGGAGAGGCCAGUAAUUGAAGGCUUUGUCGUUGCGACAGAAAAAUGAGUCUGAAUCGUCUUUUUGUAAUCUGAUUUUACCAAUUACUCGCGGACUCACUCUUAACUCUACUUAGUAACGUUGUCUAUGUCCAAAUGAAAGCGCUGUGACUAUUCCUCAUCGAUGAAGAGUACUUUAAAAAAACCGGUUUUUGGUGACAACUUUAAAACAAAUAUAUACCUACUUAAAACAAAUGAUUUUUUUCGGAAAAGAUCUUGAAUUGUUUUUUUUCUGGUAAGGACGGAGGAGAGAUGUUGCUUUACAAGGACUCUUAAGGUCGCUAAUUUGAAAAUAGUUUGUUUCGAAAACAAACUGGCACUUUAUACAAAAUAUCUGAAAUAGGGGGGUUGGAGGUAACGCGUAUAACCAAAACUGAGGUUAAUCUUUCAAUAAAACGACCAACUGUAUUUACAAGAUUUAUUCGAGCUGUCACUGAAAUUAACACUCAGAAUUAAUUUGACACAACCAAGAAAGGUCAGUCAUAAUCUUAAUAUAUGUAACCAGUUACAAGUAUCGCGUAUCACACACCUUUUACGUACUGUAGCAGUUUUACUUUAUGUAAACUAUUAUAAUAUCACUAGAAAGCCGCCUGCCUGCUGUUCAAAUAAUAUAUCAGCUGAGUAGGAUAGAAACUAUUGUCUCAGUAUCGAUUACUGCCUGAUAUGACUUGUCAGUGUUGCCACCUGUGUUACUACCUGUGUUACUACCUGUGCACGUGUACGAUUGAGUUUGGGGUUAAAUUACCCUUUCGGAAUACACUGAUUCCACUGAAGUUUCCUGGUAUUUCUAUUCUCGCAAUUCAAGUGAACAGGUUCUCUGUUAGUAGCUUGGUAGAAGUUUAUAGUAACCAGUUUAGCCUGGUCAUCUCUAGUUUCGAUUCACAUAGCUUUAUAUAUUCUGUAUACCGCUCGCUUCAACGUUCGUCCCCUGUAGAACGAGCUAUCAUAUCAAAACAUAAAAAUGAGGUUAGGCCUGUUGUUAGCCUUUCUGUUAUUCUUGGAAUUAUCAUUGUCAUUUACAACAACGUCAGAAGGUUUAGGAACAGAUAAAAAAGUCAAGACAAAGGUCCUUAUUCUUGGAGCUGGCCUGUCGGGGAUCACCACCGCUAAAACCCUUCUUGAUAACAACAUCAAGGAUUUUUAUGUCCUGGAGGGUCAAGAUUACAUCGGAGGGAGAAUUCAUGCGGUCCAAUUUGAGGGGGUUCGCGUUGAGGCAGGAGCUAACUGGCUUCAUUCCCUUGAUAACGAAGCUUCAGAAGUUCUUGUGAAGUUGAUGAGUGAUUCAAAAAUCAGCGGACUUUGGAGCAAUUACUCUGACUUCAUCAUCAGGUAAGAGAAAAAGUAUUUACUUGCAUACCUAUUGUCUUCAUUACAAGGAAGGGCCAGAAAAGUAGUACGGUUUAGGGAGGAUUCUGUUCACAAAACUGUAGACUGCGAACAGUGUCUCUUUUUCUUCAUAUUUAGUGAGGGGAGCGCACCCGCAUGGUCAUUUGCGUGUCUCGAGCGUUUUGCUUGACGGGCCAAGAAAAAAGAGAGACUGCUCAUAGUCUAACAAAACUGAGCCUCGCUCUUCGUUUUUAUUUCUGUCUUAUACUCCAACUACCGGAGCCAAGAUUUUAUGGCUCCAUUAGGCGUAACAAAAUGUUCAAUAAUGGUUUGAGAAUUUUUGCCUGAUUUGAAUUAUGGAGCAUUGGAAAAUAUUGUAUUUUGGGGUUGUUGAAAAUUAAAAUAUAAGGGGAAUGAUCAGAAGAAAUAUACCUGAUAGUCCCACUUUCCGGGGUCAACAAGGUGACCCUGAGCUCAUUAGGGGACUAACUGAUUUAUGCGAAUCCGCCCCCUUCCUCCACCCCCGCAAAAGACAACAACAACAACAAAAGAGAAGGUCCCUUAGACGUUUUUCUUGGCGAAGAUAUGGAAAAUCUGAAGAAAAGAAGAAGAACGAAAGAAGAACUUAAAGCUGGUUUCAUGUGUUGAUUUAAUGCAGGUUUCAUCAAUAGAGUUUCUUUACUCAGACGAGUGGGUCUGCAACACUUGACUGACUGAGCUGUAAGAUAGUUAAAAUUGCUUUUUUUUUCUUUUACAUAGAGACGAAAAUGGCAUAGACGUCACAGAUUGGAAAGUCAUUCAAAAGUUUAAGAAAACUGUGGUGGAAAAACUUGAAGACUUUCAGUGGCACAGAAAGAAAAGGAACAUGCCUCAAAUUCCGGCUAGAGUUGGUUUGCAACUAAUGGGAUGGAAAAGUGACAGCCCUAUAGAAAAGGUUCUCGAGUAUUUCAAAAUUGAUUUUACCCAUUCCAAGAACCCGGAACUGAUUUCCUUCUACAACCUAAUAGGUGAAGGUAAAGACUUCCUUGUCUCAGAUCAACGGGGUUUAUGGUUUAUGUAUAAAAGUCUCUACAGACGUGUGAAGAAAAAAGUCUUGCUGAAGAAAACUGUUGACAGUAUAACAUAUUCUGGCAAUUCAGUCGUUAUUCAGACUAAAGAAAAUGAAACGUUUGUAGCUGACUAUGCUUUGUGUACCUUUAGCACCGGUGUUUUGGCAAGUGACAGUAUAGCGUUCAACCCUCCCCUCCCCCAGUGGAAACAAGAAGCUAUCUAUAAAAACCCCAUGUCCGUCUACACGAAGAUUUUUCUUAAGUUCCCAUAUAAAUUCUGGGACGACAAUGAAUACAUUUUGUACGCCUCUAAGCGACGCGGCUAUUUUCCAGUGAUGCAAAACAUGGAAAAAGAAGGCCUUUUACCAAUUAUGGGACCAACGUAUUACUGGUGA